AAAAGCACCUCGCUCCGCAGCAUCCAGACCUGGAGGGGCUGCAACCACGGGCCAAGCCCACCCAUUCCCCAGCCAAAGGACGGGCCCGCCGCUCUCCAUGGUACUGCGGAGAGCUCAGCUCCGCCCUUCUCUUUCAGAAGGACAGCACCCGGCGUCACGUAACCCAGCCUUCUCAGGCUCCACCACCGCCUUUUCCUUCCCAGCUCUUUCCCUCUCCUCCCCCUCCUCCUCCUUCUCCUCCUCCUCCUCCUCCUGCUCCCCUCCGUUGCCUGUUCUCCCCUCCCGCACUCCUGGAGAUAGACGCUCAAGCCUGACGCCUCUGAAAAGGCAGCAGCAGUCGCCUUAUCCAUAGACCUCAGGAAAUUCGCUUUGACCGAUGCAUGCUUCAGGCUCUGGCUCGAGCUAAGGGGAAUAACCGGGCAGACGUCUGAGUCCUUAAAAAAAGACAAGAUAAAACCAAAAUGCAUCACCAACACACAACCAAUUGAUGUGCUGGCAUCUUAGCUUGGCCCUGCAGAGGCAGAGAGAAAAGAAGAGGAGCUGUUGUGAUUUCUACAUCUAACAGCUUCUGGCUAUUUCGCAACUGCUGGGUUUGAGUCCUACUGUUGCCGUGGCUGAAAAGAGAAGUAAAAUCCAACUUGUGAGACCAUGCACAAGGAAUUAGGCUUUGGCUGCAGCGGUGCUAAAGCCCAUGCUAUGACAGAAGAAGCAGGCCUUUGAAGCUAUCCUCGGGUUAAGAAGUGGUGCCCUAAAGAGGCAAGCAUCCUUUUCUCCGUUCUGCUUUAAGACACCACAUCUGAAGGAGACACACUUGAGGCAUUCACAAGCAUCCAAGGAUACUGGCUCACUGCUGGCUUCCUGUACUUUUUUGAGAAAAGUGUUUUCUUUUUACUGACUCUCACUGCUUCCUUUUGGCCUGGUACCACUGGUGGAACCUGGCAGAUAAUGGGAUUUGAGGAGUUAAGUAUCUGUUGACGCUGCAGAUGCUCUUAAAUUAGUUAAUCAGACUCAAAUGGGUCAGUGCUUUCCCUUGAUCUUUUGUUGAAGCCUUUUCCAGAACGUUGCCUCCAAAGUGCAUCCUCCCUUUGGUCUGGAAGUUCUGUGGCUACCCUGUACCACUGGGGUCAACGUUUUCCAGUUGGAAGAGGACUACACGGAGAGAGGGCGGGGUUAUUGGAAGAAGAAGAAGAAAAAAAGAACUAGAUAAAGGAGGGCACGUCCCUCCCACUCCCGCCUUUCCCCUUACCUUUCUGUCUCUCGGGACCCUUAUUUCUUCGUCACGGUGUCCAGGACCAUUUUGACCCUGUCGGCCCCGGCACCCCCCCGCCGCACCCCAGCCCCGAGCAUGGGGACGGCGCUGCUCCAGCGCGGGGGCUGUUUUCUUCUGUGCCUCUCGCUGCUGCUCCUGGGUUGCUGGGCGGAGCUGGGCAGCGGGCUGGAGUUUCCGGGCGCCGAGGGCCAAUGGACGCGCUUCCCCAAGUGGAACGCCUGCUGCGAGAGCGAGAUGAGCUUCCAGCUCAAGACGCGCAGCGCCCGCGGCCUCGUGCUCUACUUCGACGACGAGGGGUUCUGCGACUUCCUGGAGCUGAUUCUGACGCGCGGUGGCCGCCUGCAGCUCAGCUUCUCCAUCUUCUGCGCUGAGCCCGCGACGCUCCUGGCCGACACGCCAGUUAACGACGGCGCCUGGCACAGCGUGCGCAUCCGCCGCCAGUUCCGCAACACCACGCUCUUCAUCGACCAGGUGGAGGCCAAGUGGGUGGAGGUCAAGUCGAAGCGCAGGGACAUGACGGUGUUCAGCGGCCUUUUAGUCGGGGGGCUGCCCCCAGAACUGCGCGCCGCGGCGCUCAAGCUCACCCUGGCCUCGGUGAGGGAGCGGGAGCCCUUCAAGGGGUGGAUUCGCGACGUGAGGGUCAACUCCUCGCAGGUCCUGCCCGUGGACAGCGGCGAGGUGAAGCUGGACGAUGAGCCGCCCAACAGCGGAGGGGGAAGCCCGUGCGAGGCGGGCGAGGAGGGCGAGGGCGGGGUGUGCCUCAACGGAGGCGUGUGCUCCGUGGUGGACGACCAGGCCGUGUGCGACUGCUCGCGAACCGGCUUCCGCGGCAAGGACUGCAGCCAAGAAGACAACAAUGUGGAAGGUCUGGCGCACCUGAUGAUGGGCGACCAAGGAAAAGAAGAAUAUAUUGCCACGUUCAAAGGAUCUGAAUACUUCUGCUACGACUUGUCUCAAAACCCCAUUCAAAGCAGCAGUGAUGAAAUAACUCUCUCAUUUAAAACCCUUCAGAGGAAUGGACUGAUGCUUCACACUGGGAAAUCGGCCGAUUAUGUCAAUCUUGCCCUGAAAAAUGGAGCUGUCUCUCUGGUCAUUAAUUUGGGAUCAGGGGCCUUUGAAGCACUAGUGGAGCCUGUGAAUGGAAAGUUUAAUGAUAAUGCCUGGCAUGAUGUGAAAGUCACCAGGAAUCUGCGUCAGCACUCAGGCAUUGGACACGCUAUGGUGACAAUAUCAGUGGAUGGGAUUCUUACCACAACGGGCUACACGCAAGAAGAUUAUACCAUGCUGGGGUCUGAUGACUUUUUCUAUGUUGGAGGCAGUCCCAGCACAGCCGACCUUCCAGGGUCACCAGUCAGUAACAACUUUAUGGGCUGUCUCAAAGAGGUUGUAUAUAAAAAUAAUGAUGUGAGACUGGAAUUAUCUCGACUUGCCAAGCAAGGAGAUCCUAAGAUGAAGAUCCAUGGAGUGGUGGCAUUUAAAUGUGAGAAUGUUGCAACUUUAGACCCAAUCACCUUUGAAACCCCAGAAUCUUUCAUCUCUUUGCCUAAAUGGAAUGCAAAGAAAACUGGCUCCAUAUCAUUUGAUUUCCGUACAACAGAGCCAAAUGGCCUCAUCUUAUUUAGCCAUGGCAAGCCAAGACAUCAAAAAGAUGCCAAGCACCCACAGAUGAUAAAGGUGGACUUCUUUGCUAUUGAGAUGCUAGAUGGCCACCUCUACCUCCUCCUGGACAUGGGGUCAGGUACUAUAAAAAUAAAAGCCCUGUUGAAGAAAGUGAAUGAUGGAGAAUGGUAUCAUGUGGACUUCCAGAGAGACGGACGGUCAGGUACCAUUUCUGUCAACACGUUGCGUACUCCCUACACUGCUCCUGGUGAGAGUGAGAUUCUGGACCUGGAUGAUGAGUUGUACCUGGGGGGGCUGCCAGAAAAUAAAGCUGGCCUUGUCUUCCCCACCGAGGUGUGGACUGCUCUGCUCAACUAUGGCUACGUGGGCUGCAUCAGGGAUUUGUUCAUCGAUGGCCAAAGCAAAGAUAUCCGGCAAAUGGCUGAAGUUCAAAGUACUGCUGGAGUGAAGCCUUCCUGCUCAAAGGAAACAGCAAAACCGUGCCUUAGCAACCCUUGCAAAAACAAUGGCAUGUGCAGGGAUGGGUGGAACAGAUAUGUCUGUGAUUGUUCCGGAACAGGCUAUCUCGGCAGGUCCUGUGAGAGAGAGGCAACGGUUUUGAGCUAUGAUGGGAGCAUGUUUAUGAAAAUUCAGCUCCCCGUAGUCAUGCACACGGAGGCUGAGGAUGUUUCCUUACGGUUCCGAUCCCAGCGUGCAUAUGGCAUUCUAAUGGCAACCACUUCUAGAGACUCUGCUGACACCCUCCGCCUGGAGCUAGACGCAGGACGUGUGAAACUGACGGUCAAUCUAGAUUGUAUCAGGAUUAACUGUAAUUCCAGCAAAGGUCCCGAGACUCUUUUUGCCGGCUAUAACCUCAAUGAUAACGAGUGGCACACAGUGCGUGUAGUUCGGCGUGGAAAAAGUUUAAAGUUAACAGUGGAUGACCAACAGGCCAUGACAGGUCAAAUGGCAGGUGAUCAUACUAGACUGGAGUUCCAUAACAUAGAGACUGGCAUCAUCACAGAACGACGGUAUCUUUCUUCUGUCCCCUCCAACUUCAUUGGACACCUGCAGAGCUUGACAUUUAAUGGAAUGGCAUACAUUGACCUGUGUAAAAAUGGCGACAUAGAUUACUGUGAGCUCAAUGCCAGAUUUGGCUUCAGGAACAUCAUAGCAGAUCCUGUCACCUUCAAGACCAAAUCGAGCUAUGUUGCCUUAGCUACCUUGCAAGCCUACACUUCUAUGCAUCUUUUUUUCCAGUUCAAGACAACAUCACUAGAUGGACUAAUUCUAUAUAACAGUGGGGAUGGAAAUGACUUUAUUGUGGUUGAAUUAGUUAAAGGGUACUUACAUUACGUGUUUGAUUUGGGAAAUGGUGCUAACCUCAUCAAAGGAAGCUCAAAUAAACCUCUCAAUGACAAUCAGUGGCACAACGUGAUGAUAUCAAGGGACACCAGCAACCUGCACACUGUAAAGAUUGACACAAAAAUCACAACGCAAAUCACCGCCGGAGCCAGGAACUUAGACCUCAAGAGUGACUUAUAUAUAGGAGGAGUAGCUAAAGAAACAUACAAAUCCUUACCAAAACUUGUACAUGCCAAAGAAGGCUUUCAAGGCUGCCUGGCAUCAGUUGAUUUAAAUGGACGGCUUCCAGACCUCAUCUCCGAUGCUCUUUUCUGCAAUGGACAGAUCGAGAGAGGAUGUGAAGGGCCCAGCACAACCUGCCAAGAGGACUCAUGUUCCAAUCAAGGUGUGUGCUUACAACAAUGGGAUGGCUUCAGCUGUGACUGUAGUAUGACUUCCUUCAGUGGACCACUCUGCAAUGACCCUGGGACAACAUAUAUCUUUAGCAAAGGUGGUGGACAAAUCACGUAUAAGUGGCCUCCUAAUGACCGACCCAGUACACGAGCAGACAGACUGGCCAUAGGGUUUAGCACUGUUCAGAAAGAAGCUGUAUUGGUACGAGUGGACAGUUCUUCAGGCUUGGGUGACUACCUAGAACUGCAUAUACACCAGGGGAAAAUUGGAGUUAAGUUUAAUGUUGGGACAGAUGACAUCGCUAUUGAAGAGUCCAAUGCAAUCAUUAAUGAUGGGAAAUACCAUGUAGUUCGUUUCACGAGGAGUGGUGGCAAUGCCACAUUACAGGUGGACAGCUGGCCAGUGAUCGAGCGCUACCCUGCAGGAAACAAUGAUAACGAGCGCCUGGCGAUUGCUAGACAGCGAAUUCCAUAUCGACUUGGUCGAGUAGUUGAUGAAUGGCUACUCGACAAAGGGCGUCAGCUCACAAUCUUCAAUAGCCAAGCAACCAUAAUAAUUGGCGGGAAAGAGCAGGGCCAGCCCUUCCAGGGCCAACUCUCUGGGCUUUACUACAAUGGCUUGAAAGUUCUGAAUAUGGCAGCCGAAAACGAUGCCAACAUCGCCAUAGUGGGAAAUGUGAGACUGGUUGGUGAAGUGCCUUCCUCUAUGACAACUGAGUCGACAGCCACUGCCAUGCAAUCAGAGAUGUCCACAUCAAUUAUGGAGACUACCACGACCCUGGCUACAAGCACAGCCAGAAGAGGAAAGCCCCCGACAAAAGAACCCAUUAGCCAGACCACAGAUGACAUCCUUGUGGCCUCAGCAGAGUGUCCCAGCGAUGAUGAGGACAUUGACCCCUGUGAGCCGAGCUCAGGUGGGUUAGCCAACCCAACCCGAGCAGGCGGCAGAGAGCCAUACCCAGGCUCAGCAGAAGUGAUCCGGGAGUCCAGCAGCACCACGGGUAUGGUCGUUGGGAUAGUAGCUGCUGCCGCCCUGUGCAUCCUUAUCCUCCUCUAUGCCAUGUACAAGUACAGAAACCGGGAUGAAGGCUCAUACCAUGUGGAUGAGAGUCGAAACUACAUCAGUAACUCAGCACAGUCCAAUGGGGCUGUCGUAAAGGAGAAACAACCCAGCAGUGCGAAAAGCUCCAACAAAAAUAAGAAAAACAAGGAUAAAGAGUAUUAUGUCUGAUCCCAAGAUCUUAAAUGGACACUUGUAUAGAAAUAGUCUUCAUUUUAUCUGAGACAUAAUAUAAAUUUAUUUACUUUCCUUUUUAUGAAGCACAUACAAAAGAAGACAGGGAAUGCAAUCAGGAAGGAAAGACUUUUUAAAAAAUAAAAAGUAUCUCAUGCUCUUGUUUCUCAAAAAAGAAAAACAAAAAACAAAAAACAGGGGCCAAUAAAUUCCCUAACAUCCACAGUGUUUUCAUUUACUCUGCUUGUCUUUAUGUUGCUGGAACAUUUCUAAAAGACAGUGAUGACCGCACGCAUUCAUAAAGCAAAGGAGUAUUACAGCAUCAAGGCACAACACAAAAACCAACACAAAACAUAACACAAAAAAGAAGCUACCUAUGAUCCUGGAUUUAGCCAAAGUGCUAGCGCUUUCCUGAGAAGUCAGUUAGUCCAAUUGCCAGAGAAGACUGUCCUUUUGAGUGACUCAACCUGCAAACCUUUUAAGAGUUUGCCGCCUGGUGCAACUGGAGCAGUGGUUGGAACUUGCAUUUGAAACAAAGUGCUGGCUUUUUUGAAGACUUGUGUAGGAACACAUUCAAAAAGCCCCUUUCUGGUUGUGAGAGAGGAAAAAAAAGUAUGGAGGCCUUAUUUUCAAAAAUGUGAAAUAUAAGGCACGUUUUCACACAAAAUUUCAAAACAAAAACAAGAGGGCAUAGAUGCAAUCAUUGGGAAAUUUUCAUGCACGCUUAUUAUGUUAUUACAUAUGUUUAUAUAAAAUCCAUCUCUGUGUGCUUUCUGGACUGUGAUAAGUGACGUUUUAUAGCCUGUUGUAUAGAAAAUGCAAAAUAUAUCUCUGCUCUUCAGCCAUUUUUGGUAAAUUCAAUGUUAUAAGUGUUGCUAAGUAUAGGGAGUUUUAUGACAUCAGAGCAACAAUUAUUUCAGUUGGGUUUUUCUUUUUUUUGCCACCAUUACAAAUUGCCACAAUUACUUACUUACUUUUAUUUUUUAAAGAAAUUACACUGUAGUGUUUAUUCUAAGGAAGAUAUGUAUGAAUGUAUAUAAAAAGACUCAGCUACUUCUUUUCUUAUAUGUACAGCCUUCAUUCUGUUGCAAUUAAGUUUUAGUACUUGUAUGAAAGGUGUGAAUUAGAAAGUCACAUAUAUACAUAUGUAUCUUAUAAUCUUUUCUCCCUGAAAUACUCACAUUCCCACAUACAUUCACUAUUUUCACACACACACACACACACACACACACACACGAAUCCACAGCAAUCCAUCAGAUAUGCUGGAAGAUCCAAACGUGCAUACAGUAGCAAAUAUUUAUUGACAAAUUGAAAAGCAGGAAGGAAGAGGGUUGUGCCAAGGUAUUGAUGACAAAUGGGGGUGAUUUGCUUCAUUGAGAUCUUGCUCCCAGGUAACCUUAAGAAGAUUUUAGUCCCUAAUGAAAUGAACCUUUCCUUAUCAAAUAUAAUAUCACUGAUAUACUGCUGCAUGAAUAAGAACCAUUAUGUGGGCAGGUUAUGGAAGCAAAAUUGGUUAAUCUACACCUUAACUCUGGCUGCUACAAUUGAAAACUUUCUUUCUAAUAAAAUAAUAUAUAUAUUCUCUGAAUCUGAUGUGCAUGAUGAACAUUUCUGGGAAGUAAACACUUUCUUGACUAAGAAAGUAUUUUUCAGUAAUUUUUGAUUCUGUAUUACUACCCACUUAAAAAAUCAUUCUCUGUUAAUUAUUGACUAUGUUUUAACUUUUCUGGUUUUACAUAUAUAUCAUUAAAUAUAGUUUUAGUUUAACACAUUAAGUAGUAGGAAAGUAUAGAUUAUACACUUGUUUUGCAUAUUAUUCUAUGAUGUUCACAGCAAUAAAUUACUAAUAUGAGAAGGUAGUGCAAAAAAUGCAUUAUUACAUUGCAAGUUGAUGUUUCAGUAAAAAUUGGUCGCAUUACUUGAAUACCUUCUAAAAGAACGAUAAAAAAUUUUGUAGAAGAGAAGAAUACCUUUACAAUUAGCUUUAAUCAGCAAAGGCAAAAAAUGCAAAACAUCUUUUGUGAUACUUUAGUUGAUGAAAAAAAGCCAAGAAGUGGCCUGGAUUUCAGACAUACAGCACCUUAGAAAUAUGUAUAAUUCGUAGCAAAUCACCACUAUCUACGGUUGCCAAGUAAUUGUUGUGUACAAAGAAACUUAGUGGCUUUUUAUGACCCAGAAAGUAGAAGGUAUACAAUGAAAACUUAAUAUCCAUUGCUUCUUUUCUAGAUUUUCAUUUUUUUUAAUUUGCCACGUUAAAUAAUUCACGAGUCUUUUCUUUUCCCCCGUCUCAUUCAGUCUUACUCAGGGAAAGCCAGUAAAAUAAGAAGGGAAGUGUAAAACUACUAAUUUACAGCUUGAAGGGUUUUUUUUUUUUUUUUUUUAAGGUUGCUUUUCUAUUUUAUCUAUUAAGCUUGAACCAGUUUCCAUCUGGAAAGAUUCUAAAAUAUAAUAGAAAAUAAAUUGAAUAAUGGUAAUUUUAAGCAGUAUAUCUAUGAAAUGUGUUGUUUGGGAUUGAUUUCAAUGUUUCUCCCCAGCAUAAAUUUUAAAGUUACAUGCAAUGAUAUAGUUUAUUAUCAGUAAAAUUAUUUCUAAUAUUAUUGGCUUACAUAAACUCUAGCAAAAAUUAUUUUUUUCCUCAAUGGAAAAGGAAAAGAGAGGAACCGAGUUAGAAAGAGAAAAUGACUUGAAUCCCAAGUAUCUUCGUACCAAACACAUCAGAGUUCCCUGCAUAGUUUGCAGUUGAUCGAGGAUUUCACACUACUUGGCAUAAAUUUGAUUACAUCUCUAGACUGUAACUUUUCUGAUUGAUUAUGCUUCUUUUUUAUCCAUGUAAUGUGUUGCCUUUUUUAAAAGAACAAAUACUACAAUAAUGUGUGAAGUGGUCAAUCCCUAAGACAUCAAAGAAAGGCCACAUAACCCUACCCUUCUAGUGCUUUGUGUGAUUGGGUAUCUAAGGGGUUUUCUUCUCUUUUUUUAUUUGUUUGUUUGUUUUUCUGUUGCAAGGCCAAUUUAUCCAUUAUUGGAAAUGCUAAGCAAGUGGAAUUUACUGUUUUGUUAAUAAAAUAUUUCUUAAUACAA